CUGUGCUCUCUCUUCCUCUGCAGAAACAGCUCCCUGCCAACACAACGCGCUCAGAAUGGCUUUGAAGAGGAGGAGCAGCAGCGUUUGAACAUCUCCCUUUUUUUUUUUUGCCUCUUCCUCCUGUUGUUGCUCUUGUAGUUGGUGGAUUUUAAAAAGACAUUUAACCCUCAGAGGUUUGUCCUGGAUGCUUUUGCUUUUUUUCCUUUUUUUUCGCCCCCCCUCUGUCGUUUCCCCCCUUCCUGUUCUUUUUUAUGGUUUAACAGCCAGAGGUGCUGUGCUAAAUUCUUGGAAGGGGCCCGGAUGUACUGAGGAUGCAUUGCAAUUUCACUAAAGGAGGCAGUAGUGGAAAGGAUCAGGUUUUGGUGUUUGAUGCAAUAAUGGGAAUCAGGUAAUAAUAAAAGGGGAAAUUCUGCAGCUCCGUUCUUCCUUGAAUUUUACCAAGCCGAUUUUCGGAGGGAUUAUUCUGGACUCGUUUUAAAUGGUCAAUGAAAACAAGAGGAUGUACAUUCCAGAAGAAAACCAUCAAGGUUCCAACUAUGGGAGUCCCCGUCCGGCUCACGCCAACAUGAACGCCAACGCGGCGGCGGGGCUGGCCCCGGAGCACAUCCCCACGCCGGGGGCAGCCCUGUCCUGGCAGGCUGCCAUCGAUGCUGCCAGGCAGGCCAAGCUGAUGGGCAGUGCUGGCAACGCCACCAUUUCCACGGCCAGCUCCACGCAGAGGAAGAGGCAGCAGUACGGCAAGCAGAAGAAGCAGGGCAGCACCACGGCCACGCGCCCGCCGCGCGCGCUGCUGUGCCUGACGCUGAAGAAUCCCAUCCGGAGAGCGUGCAUCAGCAUCGUCGAAUGGAAACCAUUUGAAAUAAUUAUUUUACUGACUAUUUUUGCCAAUUGUGUGGCCUUAGCUAUCUAUAUCCCCUUUCCAGAAGAUGAUUCCAAUGCCACCAAUUCCAAUCUGGAACGAGUGGAAUAUCUCUUUCUCAUAAUUUUUACAGUGGAAGCAUUUUUAAAAGUAAUAGCAUACGGACUUCUCUUUCACCCCAACGCUUACCUCCGCAAUGGCUGGAAUUUACUAGAUUUUAUAAUUGUGGUAGUAGGGCUUUUUAGUGCAAUUUUAGAACAAGCAACCAAAGCAGAUGGGGGGAAUUCGAUAGGAGGAAAAGGUGCCGGAUUUGAUGUUAAAGCACUGCGGGCUUUCCGAGUAUUACGUCCACUACGGCUGGUGUCUGGAGUUCCUAGUCUCCAGGUGGUUUUAAAUUCAAUUAUCAAGGCCAUGGUCCCUUUGUUGCAUAUUGCCCUGCUGGUGCUGUUUGUCAUUAUUAUCUAUGCCAUCAUUGGACUGGAGUUAUUCAUGGGGAAGAUGCAUAAGACCUGCUACCAUGUGCAAGGGGGACUGAUAGAUACACCUGCGGAGGACGACCCGUCUCCGUGUGCCCCCCAGUCUGCCCACGGGCGGCAGUGUCAGAACGGCACCGAGUGCAAGGCGGGCUGGGAGGGACCUAAGCACGGCAUCACCAACUUUGACAAUUUUGCUUUUGCCAUGCUCACGGUGUUUCAGUGCAUCACCAUGGAGGGCUGGACCGAUGUGCUGUACUGGGUCAAUGAUGCCAUAGGAAGGGACUGGCCCUGGAUCUAUUUUGUUACACUAAUCAUCAUAGGGUCAUUUUUUGUACUUAACUUGGUUCUCGGUGUACUUAGCGGGGAGUUUUCCAAAGAAAGAGAAAAGGCUAAAGCUCGAGGGGAUUUCCAGAAGCUACGGGAAAAGCAACAGCUAGAGGAGGAUCUGAAGGGAUACUUAGAUUGGAUAACUCAAGCAGAAGAUAUUGAUCCAGAAAAUGAAGAUGAAGGCAUGGAUGAGGAGAAGCCUCGAAACAUGAGCAUGCCCACCAGCGAGACCGAGUCCGUCAACACCGACAACGUCCCCGGAGCGGACAUGGAGGGCGAGAACUGCGGCGCCAGGCUGGCGCAUCGGAUCUCAAAAUCAAAAUUUAGUCGCUACUGGCGCCGAUGGAACCGAUUCUGCAGAAGGAAGUGCCGUGCUGCUGUCAAGUCCAAUGUUUUCUAUUGGCUGGUGAUCUUCCUCGUGUUUCUCAACACCCUCACCAUUGCCUCUGAGCACUACAACCAGCCAGACUGGCUCACAGAGGUCCAAGACACUGCCAACAAGGUGCUGCUAGCUCUUUUCACGGCAGAGAUGCUGCUGAAGAUGUACAGCCUCGGUCUCCAGGCCUACUUUGUGUCCCUCUUCAACCGCUUUGACUGCUUCAUCGUGUGCGGGGGCAUCCUGGAAACCAUCCUGGUGGAGACAAAGAUCAUGUCACCCCUGGGCAUUUCGGUUUUGAGAUGUGUCAGGCUCCUAAGGAUAUUUAAAAUCACAAGAUAUUGGAACUCCCUGAGUAAUCUUGUGGCUUCACUCCUGAAUUCAGUCCGCUCCAUUGCCUCCCUGUUGCUGCUCCUCUUCCUCUUCAUCAUCAUCUUCUCACUCCUGGGGAUGCAGCUCUUUGGGGGCAAGUUUAACUUUGAUGAGAUGCAGACCAGGAGGAGUACAUUUGACAACUUCCCUCAGUCCCUCCUGACUGUGUUUCAGAUCCUGACUGGGGAGGACUGGAAUUCGGUGAUGUAUGAUGGGAUCAUGGCUUAUGGCGGCCCCUCUUUUCCAGGAAUGUUGGUCUGUAUUUACUUCAUCAUCCUCUUCAUCUGUGGAAACUAUAUCCUGCUGAAUGUAUUUUUGGCCAUUGCUGUGGACAACCUUGCUGAUGCUGAGAGUUUAACAUCUGCACAGAAAGAGGAGGAAGAGGAGAAAGAAAGGAAAAAGCUUGCUAGGACUGCUAGUCCCGAAAAGAAACAGGAGAUGGAAAAAACAGCUGUGGAGGAAGAGACAAAGGAGGAGAAAAUUGAGCUGAAAUCGAUCACUGCUGAUGGAGAGUCCCCACCUGCUACCAAGAUCAACGUGGAUGAUUAUCAGCCCAAUGAAAGCGAAGAAAAGAGCCCUUAUCCCACCACAGAAGCACCAGCAGAGGAAGAUGAGGAAGAACCUGAGAUGCCUGUCGGCCCUCGACCUCGCCCGAUGUCUGAGCUGCACCUCAAGGAAAAGGCUGUGCCCAUGCCUGAUGCCAGUGCUUUCUUCAUCUUCAGUCCUAACAACAGGUUCCGUGUCCACUGCCAUCGAAUCGUUAACGAUAACAUUUUCACCAACCUGAUCCUAUUUUUCAUCCUGCUCAGCAGCAUCUCCCUGGCAGCUGAGGACCCCGUGAGACACCUCUCCUUUAGGAACCAAAUUCUCUUUUAUUUUGAUAUAGUUUUUACUGUCAUUUUCACCAUUGAAAUUGCUCUGAAGAUCCUAGGCAAUGCAGACUAUGUCUUCACUAGUAUCUUUACAUUAGAAAUUAUUCUUAAGAUGACGGCCUACGGGGCUUUCCUCCACAAGGGCUCCUUCUGCAGGAACUAUUUCAACAUCUUAGACCUGCUGGUGGUCAGCGUUUCUCUCAUCUCCUUUGGGAUCCAGUCCAGUGCGAUUAAUGUGGUGAAGAUCCUGCGUGUUCUGAGGGUCCUUAGACCACUGAGGGCCAUCAACAGAGCCAAAGGACUAAAGCACGUGGUCCAGUGUGUGUUUGUCGCCAUCAGAACCAUCGGGAACAUUGUGAUUGUCACCACUUUGCUGCAGUUCAUGUUUGCCUGCAUUGGAGUCCAGCUGUUCAAGGGCAAGCUGUACAGCUGCACUGACAGCUCCAAGCAGACAGAAGCAGAGUGCAGAGGGUACUACAUCACCUACAAGGAUGGGGAGGUCAGCCAGCCCAUGAUACAGCCCCGCAGCUGGGAGAACAGCAAGUUCGACUUCGACAACGUCCUGACUGCCAUGAUGGCCCUCUUCACCGUCUCCACCUUCGAGGGCUGGCCAGAGUUGCUGUAUAGGUCCAUUGAUUCCCACAUGGAGGAUGUGGGACCCAUCUAUAAUCACAGGGUUGAGAUCUCCAUCUUCUUUAUUAUCUACAUCAUCAUCAUUGCUUUCUUCAUGAUGAACAUCUUCGUUGGUUUCGUCAUCGUCACAUUUCAGGAACAAGGAGAACAAGAGUACAAGAACUGUGAGCUGGACAAAAACCAGCGCCAGUGUGUAGAGUAUGCCCUGAAAGCCCGGCCCCUGCGGAGAUACAUCCCUAAAAACCAGUACCAGUACAAAGUUUGGUACGUGGUCAACUCCACCUAUUUUGAAUACCUGAUGUUCGUUCUGAUCCUGCUGAACACCAUCUGCCUGGCCAUGCAACACUAUGGUCAGAGCUGCAUGUUCAAGGAAGCCAUGAAUAUCCUCAACAUGCUCUUCACUGGCCUCUUCACCGUGGAGAUGGUCCUGAAAUUAAUCGCCUUCAAACCCAAGGGUUACUUUAGUGAUCCUUGGAAUGUUUUUGACUUCCUCAUCGUAAUUGGCAGCAUUAUAGACGUCAUUCUCAGUGAAACUAAUCACUAUUUCUGUGAUGCAUGGAAUACAUUUGACGCCUUGAUUGUUGUGGGUAGCAUUGUUGAUAUAGCAAUCACCGAGGUGAACCCAGCUGAACAUACCCAAUGCUCUUCCUCUAUGAACGCAGAGGAAAACUCUCGCAUCUCAAUCACCUUCUUCCGACUCUUCCGCGUGAUGCGCCUGGUGAAGCUCCUGAGCCGAGGGGAGGGCAUCCGGACGCUGCUCUGGACCUUCAUCAAGUCCUUCCAGGCUCUCCCCUACGUGGCUCUUUUAAUAGUGAUGCUGUUCUUCAUCUACGCUGUGAUUGGGAUGCAGGUGUUCGGUAAAAUCGCGCUGAACGACACCACAGAAAUCAACCGCAACAAUAACUUCCAGACCUUCCCCCAGGCAGUGCUGCUGCUUUUCAGGUGUGCCACAGGUGAGGCCUGGCAGGAAAUCAUGCUGGCAUGUCUCCCGGACAAGAAGUGUGACCCAGAGUCGGAGCCGGCCAACUCCACGGAAGCCGAUCACUCCUGUGGCAGCAGCUUCGCCGUCUUCUAUUUCAUCAGCUUCUACAUGCUCUGUGCCUUCCUGAUCAUCAAUCUUUUUGUAGCUGUUAUAAUGGAUAACUUCGAUUACCUGACACGGGACUGGUCCAUUUUAGGACCACACCACCUGGAUGAGUUUAAAAGGAUCUGGGCAGAGUAUGACCCUGAAGCUAAGGGACGGAUCAAACACUUGGAUGUGGUGACGCUGCUCCGGCGGAUCCAGCCCCCGCUGGGCUUCGGGAAGCUCUGCCCUCACCGCGUGGCUUGCAAACGCCUUGUCUCCAUGAAUAUGCCACUGAACAGCGAUGGCACCGUCAUGUUCAAUGCCACUCUCUUUGCACUGGUCAGAACUGCACUGAGGAUCAAGACAGAAGGUAACCUGGAGCAAGCCAACGAAGAGCUGAGAGCAAUAAUUAAGAAAAUCUGGAAGCGCACCAGUAUGAAGCUGCUGGACCAGGUGGUGCCUCCUGCAGGUGAUGACGAGGUGACCGUGGGGAAGUUCUACGCCACUUUCUUGAUCCAGGAGUAUUUCCGGAAGUUCAAGAAGCGCAAGGAGCAGGGGCUGGUGGGGAAGCCCUCGCAGCGCAACGCGCUGUCCUUACAGGCUGGUCUGCGCACACUCCACGACAUCGGGCCCGAGAUCCGACGAGCAAUUUCUGGAGACCUGACAGCUGAAGAGGAGCUGGACAAGGCCAUGAAAGAAGCUGUUUCUGCUGCCUCUGAAGAUGAUAUCUUCCGGAGAGCUGGAGGCUUGUUUGGAAACCACGUGAGCUAUUACCAAAGUGACGGCAGGAGCGGGUUCCCCCAGACUUUCACCACCCAGAGACCUUUGCACAUCAAUAAGUCUGGCAACAACCACGGAGACACCGAGUCUCCAUCUCACGAGAAGCUGGUGGACUCCACCUUCACUCCCAGCAGCUACUCAUCCUCAGGCUCCAAUGCCAACAUCAACAAUGCCAACAACACCGCCCUGUGUCGCUUCCCCAGCCCACCCAGCUACCCCAGCACUGUCAGCACGGUGGAAGGCCAUGGGACCCCCUUGUCACCCACCAUUUGUGUGCAGGAGGCUCCCUGGAAACUCCCAUCCAAAAGGACACAUUACUACGAGGCACUGGGACGCUCCAGUUCCAGAGACAGCCAGCUGGCAAUUGUUUGCCAAGAGGAAGUGUCUCAGGAUGAGACUCAUGAUGAAAAUUUGAAUGAAGACAUUGAGUACUGUAGUGAACCAAGUCUGCUCUCUACCGAAAUGCUUGCAUACCAGGAUGAUGAAAACAGACAACUCACUCCGCCAGAAAACAGCAAAGGAGAGGACACCCGGCCCUCUCCGAAGAAGGGGUUUCUGUGCUCCUCAGCUCUAGGUCGAAGAGCAUCUUUUCACUUAGAGUGUUUGAAAAGACAGAAGAACCAGGGCGUGGAUGUCUCGCAGAAGACAGUCCUGCCUUUGCAUCUGGUCCAUCACCAGGCAUUAGCAGUGGCCGGCCUGAGUCCCCUGCUCCAGCGAAGCCAUUCCCCCACCAUGUUCUCUCGGCUGUGUGCUACACCCCCGGCCACGCCCUGCAACCGAGGCUGGCCGCAACAGAGCAUCCCAACGCUGCGCCUCGACGGGGCGGAAUCCUCGGAGAAGCUCAACAGCAGCUUGCCGUCGGUGCACUGCGGCUCCCGGUACCCCGAGGGCGGCGGCAGCCCCAGGAGAGCCCGGCCGGUGUCCCUGACCGUGCCCAGCCCCAGCGCAGGCAGCAGCCGGCAGCUCCACGGCAGCGCCAGCAGCCUGGUGGAAGCGGUCUUGAUUUCGGAAGGACUGAUGCAGUUUGCUCAAGAUCCAAAGUUCAUUGAGGUCACAACCCAGGAGCUCGCAGACGCCUGCGACAUGACGAUAGAAGAGAUGGAAAAUGCAGCAGACAACAUUCUCAAUGGUAACAGCAAGCAGAGCCCCAAUGGCAACCUCUUGCCUUUUGCUAACUGCAGGGACCCAGGGCAGGACAGUGCAGGAGAGGAAGAGGAAGAGGUGCAGAACCCGGAUUGUAGGAUAAGUCAGGAGGAGCUCAAGGACAGCAGGAUUUAUAUCAGCAGCCUGUAGUUGCCAGGGCUGGAAGCGAUGCUGGUUUUUUAUUUGUUUCAAUGUUCCUAAUGGGUUUGUUUCAGAAGUGCCUCACUGUUCUCGUGACCUGGAGUAACCGGAACAGCGUUCUUCAUUCAUUUCUGUUGGGACGAGUCGCAGAGUUGGGUGGUGUAAGAAAGCUUUUCAGGAGCGGAUAUAACCCCAGCACGUGUCCAUGAAGGAAGAGUGAGGAGGAGGAGGAGGAGAAGAAGAGGAGGAGAGCCAGCUCCCUCUUUUUUUCAGUCCCUGCACAAGGAACGCCAGCUGCCUCCGGAGCACCAAGGGGAACCUCAGCUUCCUGUGGAUGGCCCUAGCCAAAAGGACCCUGCGCCAAACGGGUGUCUUUCAACCUUGCUUGUAAAAAUCAUUUUGCACAUAUUCUGUAUGAGCCUCACCGUCUCCAUAAAGCCAAGGCCCUUUGAUUCGGAAGGAGAGGAAGACUUCUGCUGUGGAUUCCCACACGGCCACGGGGAGGAGGAAGCAGGAGAAGCCCGAGGCGCGGCCCAGCUCUGCCGAGACUCAGGCAGCGGCCCCUGCCGGCCAAUCACAGCUCGGGCGGUCACUCGCCAACCAAUCCGAGCUCAGGCAGUCUCCUGCCGGCCAAUCAGAGCUUAGCGCGCCAACUGUGCCAGCCAAUGGGAGAGCAGGCAUGGCCGCGGGGCUGAGGGGCCGCCGGGCCUGUGCAGAGUUAUUCUUGUUUCGCAGUUUGGUAUUUUCUUGAAAGCAUGUUGCAGUUUUUAUUUUGACUAUUUUAUUAUUAUUAUUAUUAUUAUUUUGAGGGAGAAGGGAGUGUUUACAGCGUUUUGUAAUCACCUACCUUUUUUGUUUUGGUUUAUUUUCACCUUUGCAGAUGUUAAAUCGGUUUGAUCAUGUUGUAUUAUUUAAACUGGGGUGGGGGGGUUUUCUCCAUCGGAAUUUGGUAGAAGUAUAAUGAUAGAUGAGUUUUACCAACCAUUAUGUACACCGAGAACUUGUCAUUUUAUUUACUAGCAAACCUUUUUUUUUGUUCGUUUGUCCGUUUGUUGUUGUUUUAUAAUUUAAAAGCUAGUAGGCAAUGCACUUGAUAUAGUCUUGCACAUUUGAGUGAUUGAUUUGGGUUCUCUUUUUAGUGCUCAGUGUAUCUGUGAGAGCGAUGGGCGCGAGUGUGUGUGUGUGUGUGUGUGUGUAGGAGCAGCUCUCCACGUCCUGCGGGAGAUCUGUACCUGGGGCCAUUCGAAUGCAAAAACAAACCACUGUCUCUGCUUUCCAAAAGGGAAUCGGUAACUUUGCAUUUUCUGUUCCACAAGAUAUGCAAAAACAAUGCAAUAAUAUUAAUUUUAAAAUAAAAAUUGUAAGUUGUGUCGGCAUUAAAACUGUAUAGAGAAAAAAAAAAAAUUUACGGGGGUGGGGGGGAGAAACAAAAAAAAAACAAAAACCAGAAGACGUUAACGCUUCGAUAUAUUCCGUGUGAUGUUUUAUUGCAUUGAUAAUGUUUCUGUUGAAGAAACCGUUAUACUUGAAUUCAGGUCAGUUUCAGUAUUUUUCAAAUAUUUUUUUAAAAUGAAUUGCAAUUGUGCCAAGCAAAGAUAAUGAAUUGAAUUAAGUUUGUUUAAAAAAAAAAAGAAAAAAAAAGAAUCACUUCUUGUAUAUUUUGCUGCAUGUCAAGUGAAUCAUUUCGUAUUUGGAAUGUGCCAAGCUUUACCUUUGAACUUUUAAGUGCUUUUUUACGUGUGGUUGGGGAAAGGGUACUAUUUCAUUACUUUUUUUUUUUUCCUUUUUUAAUUUGUACGAUGAACAAAGUGUACCUGGUGUAAGUAACUAUUCUGCAAUCCACUGACAGGUUGAACGUUACUGAUUUUGCAUAUCUUGUGUUCAUUUUCCUUCUUCCUCACUCCCUUUUAACGUGCACGAUGACUUUUAUCGGUAGAGAAUCUUUCUUCCCGAGACUGGGAACAUUUUCUUCAGGCUUUGUUUUCUUUCCUUUUGCUCAGUUCCUCUAAAGGUCUCGUCCCACUCAAGGGUGGCAAGACCCCCAAAGCCCAUUUGGCAGAUCCAUCCUUCACAUUCAGCUGGCACCAGCAAUUGAAGCAGCGAGGGGAAGGGAAAAAAAAAAAAUCUGGCCUCAAAAUUAUUUUAUUAAAUAGCUGAACCCCAUUCAAUUUUAGCAGAGAUAAGAAAGGAAAGAAUCAGAAUAGUUGGGAAAAUAAAGUUAUCUAACCCUGGUCUGGGCUGAAAGCAGAGGGAGAGAGCUGUGGAUCUUUUUUGGGAGAAUUGCUGCAGUCUGGUCAAGAAUGCAGGUGCCAAGUGAGGUUUUGGUGUUUCUGUGCAUGAGCUCAGUCCUUUUCCCAGACUUUAGUGGAUGGGUCAGGUACUAAAGUCACAAAACACCUGGCAGCACAGCAUGUCCCAGCCACAGUUCCUGACUAGUAAGUGUGAAACUCUCACACACCGAUGGUUGGCCCUAACCUCGAGAGAGGCUGAGAAAACAGGCAGGUAUUGUUAGAUUUUAUGCAACUGGUUUUUGUCUAGACUACUGCUGGUUUUUCUCCCUCCUCAGGAUGAUUCACAAACUUGCAGAUGGGUUCUGAGGUGUGAUCUGACUCAGAGCUAAACUUUGAUUCAAAUCUUGAGCUUCUGCAGAUAUCUGAGAACACCCUUCACUGCAUACAUUGAUUACAUUAUUUCUGUAAUGCUCUUGUUUUUCUUCUCAAUUCUCUGGGGCAUGAAGGAGAAAUAGCAAAGGGUAUUUUUGACUGUACUUUUUGAACUGGCCAGUAUCAGCUCAAGGUACCUUGAGAAAAAAAACAAAUACUAGAGAAAUAGGAAUCCAUUUGUAUAAGUAUCUGUAGUCAAAGUCAUAAUUCAAGGCUUCCCUGGAGAAAGUAACCAGGUGAUGAGGGUCAGUCUCAUCCUUUCAUCCCUGGUGCCUUUAUGGAGAUGGGCACACACGUGUGUUUCCCUGUGAGUUUGCUGCUGUUGCUGUGCUCCAAAGGUACUCAAAAGGGAAAAAUGCCGUGUAAGGGCUCCCUAACUCAUUUCCUUUCACUGCAAAGUCCAUCUGACCCUCCCAAUGGAAGAUAAGGGUUCUUCACUAUUCCUGAAAAAUAGCAGUUCAUGGUGACAGUGAGCAUUUUGGAUGCUUGACAGCCCAUCUUUGAGGAUUUUUCUGGAUGGGAAGGAAAGUGACCUUGUGCCCCAGGCAUUCUUUGUGAAAGCUGCUACAGCUCGGGGGUCAGAGCCUACAAUGUUGAGGGGAAACCCCUGCUCUCUCCUGCAAGACCCCCUAGGUGCUGCAGAGUGGAAAAUGUUUGGCUAGCAGAGAAUGCAAAUGACUUUUACAGUCUGAGGUGCGGGUGUUAAAUUUAGUAAUUGCUGGUGCCAGCUGUGCAAAUUUCUCUUACUGGGGAGGGUGGCUUUCUUUUUUUUUAGUUUUUUUAAUCAUUUGAGGUACUUCCAAUGUGCACAUUGUGACAGGCCUGAGCAAAGAGCUGCUGCCUCCUGCGAGUGAGGCAGAGUCUGGGGGACAGUGGGAAGGAGGGGGCAGGUUUCAUUCCUGGAGUGUUUCCCUGUGGAUGGGAGUGGAUGGUGGGUACAAUCACUGUGCUGUGGAUGGAAGCUUUGAAGGAACCCAUGGCUGAGAAGUGGCGUGGAAGGAAAGAAUGGGGAAAACGAUCUGCUGUUUGCCUCUGAGCAUCUCUGACU